AAACCAGAGAGUUGCCUAGAGAAGAAAAGCGGAUUCUUCAGGGUUUAGAAAGGGCUCUCGCCUCGCCAGGACCCCGGCACCCCACCGCGCCAUGGGACGCGUUCACACCUUCGUUUUAAAAAACAUCUGAAGCCAGGGGUGGGGAGGGGGGGGAGAGAAAGUCAACGCGAAGCCCGCGAGUGGAUGAUGGAUGGCAGAGAUUUUGGGCUUCCUCGAUCUGUCCACGUUCCCCCUCCUCUGCUGUCCGGGCUGGCUAUGGAGAGUCACCGAGUCGGACCGGCCAGCGCAGCCGGGCGCAUCGCCCCAUCCGCCGGACACAUGGCUGCGGGGCUGCCGGCCCCGCUGGCACCGGGCAAAUACCUCGCCUCCGGCAUCAACAUCCAUUCCCACCCGGGUGAGGCCUUCCUGGGUGGGUAUGUGGCCAGCGGACUAGGGACCUCCUCCACACCCCAUGGAAGCCCCGCCCCUUUGCCCUCUGACUUGUCCUUCAGGUCACCCACCCCCGCUGACCUACAGAUGGUGCAACUCUGGGCUGCUCAUGCCCAUGAAGGCUUCUCCCAUCUGCCCAAUGGGCUGUACCCGUCGUUCAUUCCCCUGAGCCACCUUGAACCUCCCCGCAGUGGUAGCCCCCUCCUGGCCCAGCUGGGGCAGCAUAGCAUCUUUGAGUCGCAGAAAGAUGGGUUUUACUUCUCUGGCCAUGCAGGCCAGUCUACCCUGCACCCCCAAGCUCCCGUCUCGAGGACAGCGGCCAACCACACACCCAGCGCCCUGCUCCGUGAGAAGGACCUCGUGCACCUGCACAAGAGCACCAAGGAGGGUCUGAAAGACACCCCCAACAAGGAGCGGGCCUGCCGGAGCGACCUCUCCCUUCCCUUCCCCAAGAAAGAUGGCAGGCCGAAAGAGGAGCCCCGGCCUCGCAGCGUGGUGGAUCUCACGCAGGAACCCAGAUCCGACGGUGACCGGAAGGGGACUGGCUUCCUGUCCCCAUUCCUAGCCGAGCACAUGCCAAACCGGGGGGCCAGCAGCGGCGAACCAAAGUCCAAGAAUCCGCUGCAGACCUCUUCACUCAACAACUGCAACGGCGGUGGGGACCCCAUGCUGAAAAUGCUGGGGAGCGAGCAGGACCGCUGUGCCAAGGACCCCAACCGCCAUGACGAGAACAUGAGGCCUUCUGCUCUUGCCCACUCGGACAGGCUGAAAAGGAGUGACUCCGCCAUGACCCUGGGAGGUGCUUUGCACGUCUCCUGCAGCUGCCCCUCCCCGCACCCUUCCCAGCCAGGGAAAAUGACUCCCUCCUCCGCCUUCCCACCCCAGUCUGUCCAUUCCAGCAUGUAUACCAUCUUCCCGCCGGCCAAGGAGCCCGGGAGGGAGCACAAAGUCGUCGCCCCCACCUUCGUGCCUUCGGUCGAGGCCUACGACGAGAGGAACGGGCCUAUCCAGAUUGCCUCCCAGGCCCGGGACAACAAAGCGAAGGACAGGGAUGUGGGCAAAGUGGGUGUGUUGCAGUCACCCUCAGAGCGGGGUCACUCCGACGCCUCCCGCAUACUCUCGUCCCAGGACUUCUCUUGUCACAGCGAUGCCAAAAGGAUGGAGGCCCUGAGGGAGAAGGGGUCCGUGAUCAGGGCCAACUCCAUGGCGCUGAAGAGGCAAGUGGCUUCGGAGCCCUUUCUGAAUCGGCCUGGGCUGGGAUCUCCAGAAAGCAGGGAGUUCCUGGCCACCAAAGACUUCCUGAAGCCGUGCCCGGAGCCAGAACGCCGCACCUGCGAACGAGACCGCUUCCAAAGGGCCGGCUCCAAAGAAGCAGCUAAGGUAUAUGGCACUUUGGACUCUUCCAGGCAACACCUGGACCACCGGCAGCUGAAGCCGCCCGAGCACAAGUGGAAGCCCUUUGAAAUGGGCAACUUUGCCACCACCCAGAUGGCCGUGCUGGCCGCUCAGCACCACCAGGUGGAGGAGGAAGUCAAGAAGGCGUACCUCGACCCCAGUGGCCUGCAGAGGUCUUCGGUGGUAGGGUCCCGGGGCACGGCUGACAUUCUACACCCCACCUCCCACAGCGAAGGGUCUGCCAUGCAGAACCUCAUCAAAUACAGUGGCAGCUUUGUCAAGGAGACAACGGCUCGGCAAAGCAACGGCAAGAAGAGCCCCUUCGGAGGGCUUGGCAAUAUGAAACUGGACCCCGCCCAGCUGGGCACCUCCAAGAUCCAGCAGCUGCUGUCCCAACAAGCUGGGAAACAGUUGAAGAGAGACCUGGAGAGACCAGAAAGUGCCAAGUCCUUUGGCCGCGAGAGCAUUGGGUCUCAGGGCGAGGUGGAGGUCAGGCACCUGCCCGUGGGCAUCGCGGUGGCAGUUGCUCGGCAAAAGGACAAUAGCGGCAGCAAAGUGGGGUCCAGCCUGGCAGACCGGGAUCGCUCCCUCUCCCUGAGCAGCAUAAAAGGGCAUGGCCGCUCAGAUGACGACUGUGGGGAGGACCGCACCCGCCAUCGGGACAGUCACUUCUUGGCAGGGCGUUUGGAGCGAGACCAGGAGAAGCUGCUCCGAGAAAGCAAGGAGCUGGCGGACUUUGCCCGGCUACAUCCCUCCAGCUGUACCGCCAACGGUUUGAACUCCAACCUCAUGGUGACGGGGGGGCCAACCCUGACUGGCUCGGGGCGCUGGUCUGCCGACCCGGCUUCGCACUUGGCAGCUCACCCAUGGCUACCCAGGACUGGCAGCCCUUCCAUGUGGCUAGCUGGCCAUCCCUACGGACUCGGCCACCCAUCCUUGCAUCAAGGCAUGGGUGCUCUCCCUUCAGCCUACCAGUUUGCCAGAGAUCCUCAGUCGGGGCAGCUAGUUGUGAUCUCCAGUGAGCACUUGCCACACUUCGCUGAACUGAUGGAUCGGGCACCCCCACUCUGGCCUGCAAUGUACCCUCCCACGAGAAGCACCCUCCAGCACGCUCACCAGCUCCAGCUGCUAUCUCAUCAGCAGCUGCUUCGGCAGCAUGAGCUGUACAUCCUGCAGCAGCAAGCUGCCCAUGCCAUGGAACUCCAGAGGAACGCACAGCUGGUGGAGAGGUUAAAAGUAACUGAGCAGCGAGCAGACAUGGAAGAGAAGGUUACUAAACGAAGCCUGGACAAUGCAAAAUCAGGCCUUUCCUCCUCUGCGUCAGGGCUGCUGCACCGAAAGCCACCUGUUCUGUCUCCAAGCACCUCCACGUCCUACAGCAAGGCUGUGAGUCCACCUCCCCUGUCUCCCAGGGCCUCACCCGUGUCUGUGCUCAAAGCUGAGGUUAUUCAAAAGAUGGAGGAGCCACCUACGCAGCCGGCCUACUCUUAUCCGGCCACCCCCAGCUCCCACCCUUCCAGCCCACCCCCUGCCUCUCCACCCCCUGCCCCUGCCAUCCCUCCAAAAGAAGAGGUGCCUGAGAACGUAGAGAAGAAGGACUUGGAUUUGGAAAAAGAAGCUGCCAGUCCCUUCCAAGCGCUGUUCCCAGAGAUUCCACCAGGAUAUCCAUUCCCGUCCCUUCCAGCCUCCUUUGGAAGACAUUAUCCCUACCUCCUUCAGCCCACCGCGGCCUCUGAUGCAGAUGGCCUGGCUCCUGAUGUCCCGCUGCCUGCAGAAGGGCCCGAGCACAUGGAGCUUUCUCCAGAAGUCAAGCCCAUCCGCCUGUCUCCAUCCAAAAUGCUAGAGCCUAUUCCGGCUGCGGCAGAAGAGGAGUCCUUGGAAGACCGGGUGAAAACCGAGGUGGAGCUGGACGAAAGCCAGGGAGCCAUCUGCGAGGAGGACAUGGAGGCUCUGAACACGGGUGCCUCCAGUGCCGCCCCAGGGCAGACUGUGAACAGUUGCGAUCUCCUGUUGCACCAAGAUGAAGCUCUGAGAGCUUUGGAGCAGGAGCAAGGGGCCCUCCAGAACUGUCAAGACACGUAUCCGGUAGCAGCCUGCCCGGCAGAAACAGAGGCUGUGGCGGAAGCUGGGAGUGGGGUGGAAACUUGUUCUGUACAUAUGGACUAUGAUGAUUCCCUAAUGCACCCUGAUAGCGAGCAGCCUGGGUUGGACCUGGCACCCCAGAGGGAGGAGCCUUCUCUAGCCAUGGAACUGCAGAGCAGCGACUUGCCCCAGGAAGGAGGGUUUCCGAGCCUGCCAUCAGAGGAGGGCGGGCAGGAGGCGGAGCUCUCAUAUGCAGAGGAGGCGAUGUCUUGUCAAAUCCCAGCUCUGGACAUCAAGCUGGAAGACCCACUGGCCGGCAUGAAUGCCUUAGUGGCUGCCACGGAGCUGCCUCAGGCUUGUUCCUUGUUGACAACCGGCAGUAGCCUAACCCAAGCCCAGGUGGACCUGGAGGUGUCGCCUGUCCUGUCCCUGGAGCACUCCUUCCUGCAGGGGAUUACGCUGCUGAGUGAAAUAGCAGAGCUGGAACUGGAGAAGAGGAAGCAGGAAUUUCAAAGUCCGGAGAGCUGCCUGGUCCGACCAACGCUAGAGAGCUUGCUGGCUGCCAGCACUCAUGUGCUAAUGGAGGUUCUAUCAGCCCCCUUUAUGGACAGUCUAAAAACCAUCCGGCUGCCUCGAGAGUUGAAUCCCAACAAAAAGUACAGCUGGAUGCAAAAAAAAGAUGAACCUAUGUAUUCCAUCAAGUCUGCCAUAGAGAACAUGGAUGCAAUGGAGCUGGACUACAGGAUGAGACUGGCAGAGCUGCAGCGGCGCUACAAGGAGAAGCAGAGGGAGCUGGUAAAGCUACAGCGACGCAGAGUUUUUUUUUUUUUUUUUUUUUUGGCCGAGGAAAAGCAUGACGAGAAAAGUAGAAGCUUGGCGAGAAGAGGCCCUGGAAGGCCCAGGAAGAGGAAGCAUGGAUCAAGCGCUCUGUCGCCCCCUAAGGAGAGAGGGAAGAGUGACAGCAAGAGCGGAAAACUGAGCAAGUCCUUGCUGCUGUCCGAAGACUCUGAGACUGGCGAGGGGAUGAAGAAGAGACACAAAGGGCCCCUCCCUGAGGAGGACGAGGAUGCAGAGAGCAGUGGUGGGAAAAUGAAAGGGAGAAACCAGAGCUGGGACGAGCAUGAUGGAGCAUCGAGCUUUUCCAGUGAGCUGAAGAUCAAGAAGAAGAAGGUGGUGUCAGAUCAGGAGCAGCUGGCAAGCAAGCUCGACAAGGCCCUGUCCCUUACCAAACAGGACAAGCUCAAAUCCCCCUUCAAGUUUGCAGACUGUUCUGGAGGGAAACAGAAAACCAGUGGAGGUGGCAGCAGAUACCUGUCCCCCCACGAGCACCUGCCGGGCAAGGACGAGAAGAGAAAUCUAGCCAAGAGCCUGAGCCUGGUGCUAAAAAGUGCCAAGGAAGGUAAAAACAAAAUGGCCACCAAAGUGCAGAAGAUGGAGGUGGGGUUAAAAGUCAAAAGUCAGCUGAAGGUUUCCCAUUCACCAGCAAUUUCGGAAGUUAGCAGCUACUCCUAUAAUACGGACUCAGAGGAAGAUGAUGAAUCCCUGAAGGACGAGUGGCCUUUACAGUCUCCCUCCAGCUCCAAAGCGAGAGCACCCAGUCUCUACAGCGUAGGAGCCAAAAAGAGCAGCAAGCAAGGUGGAGGUCUCAAGUCAGCCAAGAGGGGCGUGCCUGCCACUAGAACUCUGAAAUCUAAACAGGCCGCAAGCAGCAAGCCGCAGUUUUGCUUGCUGCUUCGGGAGGCUGGAUCUUCAUUCAGUGACUCUUCGGAGGACUCGUUCGAUCAAGAUUCUAGCUCCGAGGAGGAAGAGGAGGAAGCAGAGGAUUAUGGGAUGGACAGCAAUGACAGGCUUUCGUCCCCAGCCCUGGAUGAGAGCGGUUUGGGCCUGCUAGCGAGGUUUGCUGCUAGUGCUAUGCCGAGCCCCAUUGUUCCCCCUCCUCUUUCCAUCGUCCAGCUGGAGGCCAAGCAGAAAGCUAAGAAGAAAGAAGAGCGACAGAAUCUGAUGGGAACAGAGUUUGAAUACACCGACUCGGAGAGCGAGAUAAAGAUCCGGAAGAAAUCUCCCUCCGGGAUGCUGCGUGGAAAGAAGGGGCUGAUGGAACAAGGCAGCGCCACCCCUAUCCCAGCAGCCAGCAGCAUGGACCCCAACCCUGGGAGCACGGACAAAGUCAAAAUUGGGGCAGAGAAAGGCCGGAAGCUGAAAAAAUUCAAGUCUCCCAAGGACCUCAGCUUCGAGUUCGGGCUGGAGGCGAGUGAUGACGACUUGUGGAACCGGCGCCGGAGCGAGCGCAUCUUCCUCCAUGACGCCAGCACUUCCUUGCCUGGGCCAAUGCCCAGCACCCCAACCAGCUCCACCCCUGUUUCCAAGCCCAGCCGCUGCGGGAAGGGGGCGCCGCUGAGCCCCAAAAAGGAAGGGAGCAAAGGGAAGGAAAGGAAAGAGCUGAGCAAGCAGCGGAAGAAAGCUAAAGAGGCCCCUUGCUGCUCCUCCUCCUCUUCCAUGUCUCCCCCUGGCAUCUCCAGCCCCCCCUCCGAUGCCCGAGUCAGCCUGGCCAACUCCCUGAGCUCCAGCAAGAAGAGUAAAGCCAAGGUGAAAGCAAAGGAAGUGAAGAAAGAGAACCGAGGGAAGGGCGGGGCCGUCAGCAAACUGAUGGAAAGCAUGGCAGCUGAAGAGGACUUUGAGCCCAAUCAAGACAGUAGCUUCUCAGAGGAUGAGAAUCUGCCCCUGAGCAUGCUUGUAGAGCGGCCGCCUACCCCAGCCCCCCGCUCCUGUAUCAUUGACAAGGAUGAGCUGAAGGAUGGGCUGCGUGUCCUCAUUCCCAUGGAUGACAAGCUGCUCUAUGCCGGACACGUGAAGACCGUGCACUCUCCUGACAUAUACCGAGUGGUGGUGGAAGGGGAGAGGGGAAAUCGCCCCCAUAUCUAUUGUCUGGAGCAGCUGCUGCAGGAAGCAAUUAUUGACGUGAAGCCGCCCUCCGUGAGGUUCCUGCCUGAAGGCACAAGGAUUGCUGCCUACUGGAGCCAGCAGUACCGCUGCCUCUACCCAGGGACUGUGGUCCGAGGGGCCCUGGAUCUGGAGGAGGAUGGGGAUCUGAUAACAGUGGAAUUUGAUGAUGGAGACACUGGCCGGAUUCCCCUGUCUCAUAUCCGGCUCCUACCCCCGGAUUACAAGAUCCAGUGUGCCGAGCCCUCCCCGGCCCUCUUGGUGCCCAGUACAAAGCGCCGCAGCCGAAAGUCCAGCAAGGAUGCUGGGGAUGGAAAAGAGAGCAGCACACUAGGGUCAGAGGAGCCAGUGGCCAAGGGCAAAGGCCGUGGGAGAAAGCCAAGCAUCAAGCUGAAAGCUGAAGAAGCAGUCCUGCCGGAAGAGACGAACCAGGCAGAUCCCACAGCGAGCAACCCUUCUGUUCCAGAGACGACAGUCUGCCUCAGCAAGCAAAGCGUGAAGGGGUCAAGGAAAAGCCAGCAGAAUCCUGCGGGGGGUUCUCCCACCCCCACGGAGGAAAAGCGGAAUAAAGCCGGCAAAAUGAAGAUCUCUGCGAAACUCCAUAGCCCACCUCAGCCUUCUUUUCAGCCCCCAGUGUUCAGCAAUGUUCUUGGACCAGAGCCCUAUAGUGAGCUCCCGGGGACACUGGGACCCUUCAGUGCCAGUGACAACCCCUCUGGGAAAACCAAAGCCAAGAAGGGAAGGCCUGCCGAGGAGUCGCCGGAGUUUGCUUCCACAGCCAAGGCCCAGAGAAAGCAACUGGACAAUGAAAUCCUCAUCAAGCUGGACCACGAAGGGGUGAUGUCUCCAAAGACCAAGAAAACAAAGGAGGCCAUGAGGAUGCUGGAGGAUUCAAACCUGACCAGCAGGAGGGACGGCAAGAGUGUCGUGGGGCUGGGCUACUCCACCGCGUUGGGCAGCGAAGCCAAGCAGAAAUCUUCAAGAGCUAAAGCCGCGGAAGGGGACGCUCCAGCUUCUAAUUUCGGAGGCAAGGAUCCGGAAGUCAAAACCACCGCCGCUGCGGCAGCGGAGGAGUCUGAAAGUAACAGCAGCGGCAGCAGCUCGGAGUCUGAGGGCGAGGAGGAAGCUGAGAAGAACGGAGGCGAAGCCCAGGACAGCAGCUCAACCAGUUCCAGAGCGUCCACCCCCGUGUCUUCCUCUAAUUCCUCCUCUUCCUCCUCCUCUUCCAGCAGUAGCAGCUCCUCUUCAUCCUCUUCCUCAUCCUCGUCAUCAGCAUCGUCCACCUCCUCGUCAUCGAGCUCCAGUUCCUCCUCCUCUUCCACCACAGACGAAGACUCCUCUUGUAGCUCAGACGAGGAGACCGCUGAAGCCCAGCCGAGCUCCUCAGUCCAGCAGGCUCUCGCUCCGAAGCAGACCAAGCAGGCGGGAAAGUCCCGCGUGUCUUCACACCCUCAAGGCCAGAAGCAGCAGCAGCAGCAGCCACCGCAGCAGCAGCCACCGCAGCAGCAACAGCAGAAGCAGCCACAGCAGGCCAGCAACAAGAGCAGGCCCAAAAAGCGGGAGGGAAUCCAUCUUCCCACCACCAAGGAGCUUGCCAAACGGCAGAGGCUGCCCUCGGUGGAAAACAGACCCAAGAUCGCCGCUUUCCUCCCUGCACGGCAGCUUUGGAAGUGGUUUGGCAAACCCACCCAGAGACGAGGCAUGAAAGGGAAGGCCAGGAAGCUGUUCUACAAGGCCAUUGUCCGGGGCAAGGAGAUCAUCCGGAUUGGAGACUGCGCUGUCUUCUUAUCAGCUGGCCGGCCCAACCUGCCUUACAUUGGCCGGAUCCAGAGCAUGUGGGAGUCCUGGGGGAACAACAUGGUAGUCAGGGUCAAGUGGUUUUACCACCCAGAGGAAACCAACCCCGGCAAAAAGCUCAACGAAGGCAAGCGUUGGGAUCAGAAAUCUGGGCGGAGCUUAUCUGCUGCUCUGCAGGCCUCCAACCAGCGGAAGGACUUCAUGGAGAGAGCACUGUACCAGUCCUCUCACGUGGAUGAAAACGAUGUCCAGACCAUUUCUCACAAGUGUUUGGUGGUUGGUCUCGACCAGUACGAGCAGAUGCUAAAGACCAAGAAAUACCAGGACAGCGAGGAUCUUUACUACCUAGCAGGGACGUAUGAGCCCACUACAGGCAUGAUUUUCAAUACAGAUGGCGUCCCAGUCAUCUGCUGACUGUGUAGGAAGCAGGAAUUCAGGGACAUGUGCCAUGCACCUGGAGAGUCCUGAUUUCGCUUUGGAAGAGGAGCACGGCCAAUCUGAGGAUGCACCUCAUCAGACAUGAUUUAUUCCUGCUCGUGACUUCUGUGUCGCACUAAGGACAGUCUUUGAAAAGAGAAGAGACAAAGGGUAGGGAGGAAUCAAGCACAGGACUUUCAGAAGAUGCCUUUGGGAUGGCAUUGGCGAGUGGAUCCCAUCCUUUUCAAGAUGGGAUCAAGAAUCAGAUGGUUUUAAUGAAGGCAAAAUGAACCAGCUUCUCCCUUCUGCUCCUGGACAGUCGAUGAUUCUCAGAUCCCUGCACAGUGGAUAACAUCAAACCAGAAACCCUGGCAGCAGAGGCGGCUGCUUUUGUUGUGCUUGACCCCCUAAAAAAUUCAGAUGGUGACAGAAGAACAUCUACGAGCCCUCAGGGUAUCUGCACCUACUUGGCUCCUUCCUCGCCAACUGCACGUGACUUCCUGGGAAGUUUGAAGUGGAAGAGAAAGGAGCCUUAUCUCUAAGCACCUCUGCUCAAACAGGGGGGGCACCUUUCGUCCACUUCCCUUCCUCUUAAGUCUGCUGCCUGGGAC